AUGGAUUCCGAUCGACGAAGACCACAAGCCUCGACCUCUUCCUCCUUCCCGCCAGCCUCAGGCUCAUCCAACUCGUCGAGCCACCCGAAUGCUGCUCGACCCAGCCUCGUCCCGGGUUCGUCGACGUCGCGACAGACCAUGUCGUUCGGGUUCGAGUCGUCGACCCUUUCGCAUAGUGCGAGUACGGGCAGUUUGGAUAGUGUGAAUGGGAGGAGGAGUACGCCCAAUUCACCGAGCAAGAAGAAGGUCUAUGGUGAUCGGUCAGUCUCCUUGGGGAGGAGGGCUCGCUACAUGCGGGUGUGUGGCGCGGUAAAGGGGAGCGAUGCUGAUGUUGGGUUGGAUUGUGUACAAUUAGGUUCAUUCCAAAUCGGGAUGGCAUGGAUCUGCAAACGAGCUUCUCGCUCAUCCAAUCGGCUUCGAGUAGUCCUUUGAAAGGGAAACGAAAAACGACCGUCACCGACCAUGACCAUCUUCAAGGUGAGUGCGCCGAGGGUAAUGACGAUUGCAAUUCACUCAACCUUGGCACACUUUGUAAAUCUUAGACGAUGCCAACAAGACCUUUUCGGCUCUUCUCAAGUCCGAACUCUUUGGGCCCGACUCGGUCGAUUCUUCCUCUCUGCGCAAUUCGCCGUCGUCCCGGACUCGAUCCGUCUCCCACAACUCGAUCACUACUUCACCCUCAUCCCCCUCUUCCGGGAAGAAACUCUUCUCGUUCACUUCACCAUCAAGGAAACGAGUCACGACGGCCGAAAGGGAAAGGGUCAUCGGUCUCGACUCGCCGACCCACGAACGGUACAGCGUCAGCCCUGUGAGGUACGAGUCGCAAAAGUUGUUGUUGUCGCCCAAGAAGCAACAGAGGGCGAUGAGUCGAGUCCCUUUCAAAGUACUGGAUGCACCUGAACUGGCAGUGAGUAAGAAUACAACAGUGUGACGAGAGCUGCCGAGCAUCUGACUCUCCUCCCAACUGCCACAGGAUGAUUACUACCUCAACCUGAUCGAUUGGAGCGCCCACAACGUCCUGGCCGUCGGACUCGGAUCGAGCAUCUACACCUGGUCGGCGCACACGUCCGAAGUGAAGAAGCUUUGCGACCUCUCGGAGAACGCCGUACCAGACUCGAUCACCUCCCUCGCCUGGGUUCAAAGAGGUCACCAACUCGCCGUCGGAACCAAGAAUGGUUCCGUCCAAAUCUGGGACGCGCAAGAAGAACGCGUCAUUCGAAAAAUGUCCGGUCAUACCGGACGCGUCGGAGCUCUCUCAUGGAACGACGCGAUCUUGAGUUCGGGUAGUCAUGAUCGGUCGAUCUUGCAUCGCGAUGUGAGGGUGCAUGAACAUUGGGUCGGAAAAUUGACGGCGCAUCGGCAGGAGGUGUGUGGACUCAAGUGGAACGAUGCGGGCGAUCAGUUAGCCAGUGGGGGGAAUGAUAAUCGGUUGUUUGUGUAUGAGAAGAUGAAUGAGGUGAGUCUGGCGGAGGAGAAUGUACGGGGCGAAGGUUUGGAGGCUGAGCUGGGGAGAGGUAUUCUUUACAGGCGCCGACCCAUCGAUUUACAGAACAUGUCGCGGCGAUCAAAGCGAUCGCGUGGUCGCCUCAUCAGCAUGGGGUGUUAGCGUCCGGUGGAGGAACGGCUGGUGAGUGGGUUCGAUAUCGAGCUCUUUGUGGCCCUCACAGCUGAACAGACGUGGGCACGUUUCAUGUAGAUAUGAAACUGCGCUUCUGGAACACCUCGACGGGAACCCUGUUGAACGAGAUCGAUACCGGCAGUCAGGUGCGUCGUACAGGAUACCGUGGUCCUUGCGCAAAAGUGACUUACCACCGCGUUGCAUGGGACGAUGUACAGAUUUGUAAUCUUCUAUGGUCCAAGAACUCGAACGAACUCGUAUCGACGCAUGGCUUCUCGGCGGGGCAGGCGCAGAACCAAGGUGCGUCGGUCGUCCAUGUCCUAAAAGUUCUGAGGGGCGCGAUCUGAUCCUUGAGGUGUACGCCAAUUCUACACAGUCGUGAUUUGGAGGUACCCGUCGAUGACGCAAGUCGCGACGUUGCAAGGGCAUACGUAUCGGGUGCUUUACCUCGCCGCUUCGCCCGAUGGGCAGGUGAUCGUCACUGGAGCCGGGGAUGAGGUCAGUCCUGGUGAAAUGGGGAGAUCAUCGAAGGCUCCGGUACUGAUGCAAUGCUUAUCGAUUCGCAGACUUUGCGUUUCUGGCAAACGUUCCCCAAGAGCAAGAGCGAGCGUCGAGGGGAGGUGUCGAUGCUUAAUCCAUUUUCGUCGAUUCGGUAG